GCCGCAAUCACUCUUACUCACAGAUAGGUAGAGAGGUCCAUCCAUCCAUCCAUCGGUCAUCAAUCGAAGCACGCUCUCGUCACAGCAGAUGUCACCUACGGCUGCGCCAACCCAGGAGAGCGAGACGCUCCUCCAAGAGCACGUCGCUCCCUGACUCGUCGCAGCGCAAGGCGAACAUCUGCCGUGUCGACACAGAUGCAUUGCGUGGACGUAGAUUGGCUGGUUCCGAUACACGGCGCCUCACAUAAUGAAGCACCCACCGUCGUCACAACCACACACACACCACACCCCGCCACCGCAUGGUGUGCCUGCCACUUAGCUAGUAGGAUAGUGGGGGUAGAGAACCAUUCACUCAGAGGUCGGCUCGGCAAUGUAUAAAAAGACACACACACCACCGGUCCACACACCACCACGUUGAGAAAGUCAUGCCUGUCAUGUGAUAUGACGUGUUGGAUGUGUGUGUGUGUGUGUGUGUAGAUAAAGCAUCUUUGUUGGCAGCCGCAUUGACACACACAUAUGAUAGUGAUAUGAAGGCACGCGAGAGUUAGUCCACAGAAAACUCGCUCGAAUGGACAGACAGACAGGCAGACAUCGGCAGAUGGGCAGACGGGCAGAAAGGUAGGCAGGAGGAUGCAGACGAUCCGCGCUGCUGAGCCAGGUGGACUGGCUCAGGAUGAUGAGACAGACACCCAACACUGGCUCACGGCACGCGCACACACCACACCACACCACACCACACCAAACCGCACACAGACACCCCGGCUGUUUGUUGAAUGGGAAAAAUACAGACACAUAGACUACCUGCAUCUGAAUGAUUCCUUUCCUCCGUCGUUGAAGCAAGGGAGGCACAGCACACCCGUCCGAUGAUUGUGUGCGUGCGUGCGGAUGCAGCGGACAGGCAGGAGUGAGUGGGUGCUUCACGCUGCCCGUGUGCACACAGACAGACGAGUACACACACACACAUAUGCCGUGCCCCCAACUGGCAAAGCAGUCGGUCGCCCUUAGGCAUUUUGAGACAGAGCUGAGAAGAAGAUGAGAAGACGAGAAGACGAGAUGACAUGAGGAGGAGAGUAGUGAGUGCCGGCAGCCGGCAGCUGGAGUAGGGCCUUUCUACCUACUCGACUCGAGCACGCAUCAUCAUCAUCAUCAUCAAUGCCGCAUUGGAUACAAACAAGUAGAUAGUGUACACACAGCACACACACCACGAUCGUCGAUCAAGCGAUGUUAAAAUAUGGAGAUUUCGACCAACAACAACAGCAACACGCACACAAAGAAUAUAGAAAGGAGAUCGGCCAACCGACGCAUCCUCUCUCACUCUCACUCACUCACUCACUGCCAGCAGCGAUUCUCGCCUCAUCCAUCCAUCUCGCCCGACCUUGCCCAGCCCACCCACAAGAAACAACUCACGCAACCCACAAAAUCUGCAGCCCUCCGUCCCCUGAACCUGCCUGCCUCCCUGCCGUCCUCUCUCGAGCGAAUUCUCACGCAAAGCAGCUCAUUCAUAGCGCCGCAGCGACAGCCCCAGGCUCCUCGGCUCCUUGAUGUCCUCUGACCACACGUCCUGGUCAGGGUACUCUCCACCAGAACCUCCACCAGCACCUGCCGACGGCCCCCCGCCGUACCCCCCACCCAUCGGUGGGGGCGGUGGCGCAGCUGGCCUCCUCACUGCCCCACCAGCACCACCAGCACCAGCAGCAGGAGGUUGACCCAUAUGAGUGGCGGCGCCCCACGCCGCUUGUGGUGGCUGCAGGAUGGUGGGGCCGGGGUACGCGCCGUGGGAGCCGCCGGGGUGCAUGGCCGCAGCGUGAUGCGCAUGGGGAUGGGGCGGCACGGUCAUCGAACGGGGAGGAUGGGCCAUCGGGCCGCCAACAGCCCCUGGGUGGGGGUGGCCAAAGGGGGCCUGCGGAUGAUGCACUGCUCCGUGUGGAAAGCCGUUCGGUGGGGGGAAGGGGGCGACGGGAGGCUGCGGGGCCGAGUGCGCCAUGAUCGGCGCACCAUACCCCCGCCCAAUCGAAUGUCCGUAAGGGCUGUCGGACGGCGGCGCUGGGGCCAUCGCUGGCAUCGACCCACCCGGCGGCCCAGAUGACGGCAUGCGAUCGUAGACGUCGAGUGCCGGUGCCCACGGCUCCGUCGGGCCCCCAAAGGGGUCUUCGGGAGGCGUGGGCGACUGGAAGGGAGGGCCAGGCCGCGCGUCGGGUGGGGGUGGGGGCUGGCCGGCAUAGCCGCCGGGACCAGUCGAUGUGCGUCGCCGCUGCGCUGGGGGCAAAUCGGGGGACCCCACAGCGCUCGCCAUGCUGCGCUUGCGGCUCACGCCGCCUUGGGAACCAAAAUCGGCUGCUGCUGCCGCUGCCACUGCCACCGCUGCUGCUGCUGCUGCUGCUGUUGCUGGGGGCUGAUGCGCCACCACCAGCGGCCUCCCAAGCACUUGUGGGUGGUACGGCCCGGAUGCCUGGGCGUACCCCAUCUGCUGUCCAGGGUUAGCCAAUGGUGGUGGUGGUGGCGGGGGCGGUGCCAUGGCUGGCUGGACGGCGAGAAUGGGCGGGUGGUGCAGGUGCAUCAUGUGGGCGGCGUAGGGCGGCUGUGGCAUGGCGGGCUGGUGGGGGUGGGGAUGGGGGAAGGGCGGCUGCUGCAGCUGGGGAGCCACCAUGGGCUGCUGCGGCUGCUGCUGGGCGGCAGCAGCAACCGCAGCAGCAGCACGCCGCUGUAUGCGAGUGGACGGCUGGGAGAACGUCAGCCUGGCGAGAAAGGUGCAAGGGAGAAAGGAGUGAACACCCGAGGGACGGUGUGUCUGGUCUAGCCUGGAUGGCUUACACUUUCGGUGGAGGGUCGUAUUUGAAGAACUCGUGAUUCAGCGCCUUAGCAGCCGUGAUGCGCCGCUCUGCACGAGAUACCAAGAGAGACACAAGAGGUGGUUCAUCGGCCAUCCAUCCAUCCAAGUGAGCUCUGCUCCCCCGGGUUGCUUACUUGGAUUCAGAACCAGCAUUUUGGACAAGAGGUCGAGCGCCACGCUAUCGCACUCACGAAAUGUCUCCCAAAACCGAUUCUGCCACUCACUGCAGGGAGGGAGGGAGGGGAGGGAAGACACACACGUGGUGUGAGGGUAAGUGUGUGUGUGUGAGGUCUAGUUACUAACUAACGUACCCCAUGCGGGCUGCGUCUGUGAAGAAUCCUCUGAACUGUGAGUAUGGCUGUGUGUCGACCAGCCGGCGGUCGGGGGGGCCCAGCAGCUUGUGGAUGAGCUCAAGCACCUUCAUGUCCGUGUCUGGGGGCAACAGGGCAACACACACGACCAGACAUAUCAUUGCACACACACGUCUUCUUAUGAGUGCCAGUUGGUGUGGUUGUGGCUGUGGCUGUGGUUGUGGGUGUGUGUAUGUGUGUCAUUGGCAGACUGACCUCCCGGAAACAUGGGUCUGUUGAGCAGUAGUUCGCCGAAGAUGCACGCGGCCGACCAGAUGUCCACCUCAGGGCCGUAGUUUCGCUGACCCAUCAGCAGCUCUGAUUCACACACACACACACACACACACAUAAUGGACCACACACCGCAGGCACCACGUAUGUGUGUGUGUAUCGCUCAAUCAAUUGUGGUGAUGUUUCGUCUCCCAUCCCACCUGGCGGCCUGAACCAAACGGUAAUGACCUUGUUGGUCAACUGCGCACACACAGACAGACAGACAGACAGACAGACAAGCAGGGAAAGACAUUCAUUAGCCAUCUUUGUGUGUGUCUUGGGUGGUGUGGUGUGUGUUGUUCCCCUCCCCGCCCACCGCACCGGUUUCCUUCGGGUAGGGUCAAUGGCGCGGGCGAGUCCGAAGUCGGCUAUCUUCAGCUGCCCCUGAGUGUUGACCAACAAAUUACUCACUAACAGACACAACACACACACACAUGCAGAGAGAGAGGGGGGGAGGUGGUCAGACGUGACGACGCGACGCAUCUGUUAUCUUGUGGUUGGUUUGCGUCAGUUACUAACGUUUGAGGUCUCUGUGGAGGAUGGAGUUCUGGUGCAGGUAGAGGAGGCCCGUGAGGAGCUGAUGCAUGAUGCUCUUCACCUCACCCAAAUCAAGCUGAUGAUUGAUGGAUGUGCAUGCCAUGCCAGUCAGUCGACACAGAGAGGUCGGCCUGGAUGUGAUGCAGCUGUGCGUGUGUGUUGUGUUUUGGCUGACCGAAGGGCUCCUGGUUUUCGACCUCAUGCGACAGAAGUUAGACAAAUCACUGCAGCCAGGUAUGAGCAGAGAGCCCUCAAUCAAUCAGUACUGACGGCGUCUGUGUAUAUCCAUCGUUGGUGUGUGUGUGGUGUGGUGUGGUGUGCUGGGACGUAUAUGUGCUUACGAGUCGACGAAUUCGAAGACGAGGUAUGUGGUGGCCUUCUGCUCCAUCUCGCGCUCAGUCACGAUGUUCAGCAGACGCACAACUGAAGCCAUGAAGCCAGCCACGAGAGAGAAGGAAAGAAGAGGAUACCCAUAUAUCCCAUCAACACAACACACAAAGAGGAGAGGUGGUCAGUCACUGUACUGUGUAUGCCCCUCUUUGUUUGUUGGUGUGUGGUCUAUGUAUGUUAAUUACUGUUCGGAUGGGCGAGGUUCCUCAGGAUCUUCACCUCACGAGUGGCUGCAUGGGAUGCAUCAACACACGGACGAUGGCUCGCGUUGCACAUGCCUGUGGUUGUUUGUGUCUGCCUCACCGACGGUGGGGAAGCCAGCCUCGAAGCCGUGGUCGCCGCUCGAGAGGCGCUUGAGCAUCUUGAGGGCCACCUUCUCGCCUGUCUGACGGUGACGCGCCAAAUACACCACACUGACAUACACAUAGACAUAGACACCGAUACAGACGUGAGCAGGCACAUCCAUCCAGUAAAUCCAGUGAAGGUGCGUGUCUGUCGUGUGGUGUGCCGAACUCUCUACCUACUUACCCGUACUGGCCCUCGCCGAUCUUCCUGUCCUUCUUGUACGCAUCAACGUCUGAACCAACCAACGGCACAACACCAACACAACAACACACACACGCACAGCACAGUGACCCGCUCUUCUCCUGCACCGGGUAGGGUGCGGUCGGUCUCUCUCGGCUCACAGUUGGGCGAAGGGCUGUAGUCGCUCAUGGGUGAGAGGGGGAACCCGAAAGGCAUCGGCGGAGCAAACACACCCGCAGCCCGCCUGCUCGUCAUGUCCUCCGCUACAGACUGGUCCUGCUGGUGGCGAUCGGACACCGCCCAACCGCCGGUGGUUGUGUGAUGGUGGUCGACAGAAGCCGGUAGGGAGGGGGGAGGGUGCGCAAACAUGGUUGCUCUGACGCGCUGGAGGGAAGCUGACAGUCAGAGAGCGCGCCAGUGAGGCCGCAUUGAGGAUGAGAGACCUCCCUCCCUGCUCGGGGUUUCAGAUUCGGCGAUCUCCCAUCGCUCUCUCCAACGCCAUCGCCUGUGGCACCGCUGAGGUGUUGUCCAUCCCACCAGUAUACUUCCUCCUAUUCCGGCAAGCACCGGAUCCUAUUCUUCCGCUCAUUCGCGACGGGCCAGGGUUUG